AUGCCAUCUCUCACAUCCAUCUUUAGCAAUAAUAAUAACCAAAAGAAAUGCUGCUGCACUUGUGGAUGCCAUACUCCUGCACCCAUCAAUACCGCCAUUGCACAGGAACAAUCACAGAACAGCAGCAAUAUCAUCCUAUCACCAACGCGCUGGUUUCCUCGUAUUCGUCGUAGAUCAUCUUCGAGUUCAUCAUCUGCUUCAUCCGUCGAAUCACUCACAUCUUAUUUCUCGUCCAAUACCUAUGGCAAUAAAGAUGAAGAAACAUUGUCCAACGUAACAAGACUCUCUGCAGAACUUGACGCAGUUGACCACGAAAUAAAGCAAUUGAAUGAAUUUCAGGACAUGUACAAACUAGCUGUAGAUGAGAUUGCUUAUGCUACUGAAUCUCAAGGGUCUAUCUAUUACAAUGGUGACCUUUUAACAGCUACAGAAGCCGUCAAUGCAUGUCUAGACAAAUUUCGAAAUAUCUUGCUCAGUAUGAAGGAUACCCAUAGAUCUUUUAGAUUUCAACAAGAUUGGACAGAUACCUUAUUUGCAUUAAGAACCAAAUUAGAUGGUCUGCCUCCUGGAGAGUCAGCUUAG